AGCAUGCAGGGCCCGGCCGCGUUCGUGCGUUCUGUAGUGUUUGACAAUGACAUUGAACCACAACAAACAUUCUGCAUGUUCUGCCUUUCUGAUGUUAACAUUUUCUUUUGUCAUUGAAAGAAUGAAUUUAAUGGACCAUUUGCAACAAAGCAUGCAGCAUACGACCAUCUUGCCAAAUGUUUGCUUUGUGGUGACAGUAAAUACGUCAAUCAAAGUAACAUUAUGUCAUUCAAGUUGCCUGACCUGCUGACUACGGAGUAGGCCUACAGUGUACGGUCUGUUCGCCCAUUCCUUCCUCCAUGGUUCGCCGAAGCCAAGUCAACGGUCACCCGAUAUGCCUGACUCGACGAUAGGCUCUGUUAUGAUGUAGCAUCUGGCGUCAAGUCCAGCGCUACCAGAGACAAGCACAAUGCGUCUUGAUUUAAAUGUCAUCCAUGCACCGGACAUAAAGUCCAAGCAACCUUGGCCUCGGCUAGCGUGGCUUGGCAAAGAGUCACAUGAUUUGCUGUUGGUGGAUUCUCAUCGGAUUAAGGUGCUAUGUCUGAAUGGAAAAGGUGGCACCAAGAAGAAGAUUGCAAAGCUCCAGGCUCAUCUAAGCCAUCUUGUUGCAUCUAAUGUGUCAUCUAACGGUGCAUACCUGGUCUGCCUCCUUGAGAGUGGUAGCCUGCUCAUUUACAACAAGGACACAGACACACUGAAAACGGUUCCAGGAAUUGAUCAAGUUGCAUCCCUUAAACCAAGCUCAUCUCAUAGCAAGGAUGCCGAUAAAACAAGACGUUCACCAGCACCUCUUGUCUUCAUUUCAAGUGAUGCCACUUGUAUCUUGGUCGUGAUUGGCCAUAGGCAGCUCUUCUUGUGGGAAAUUGACCAAUCAAUGACGUUGUAUUCUACCAAGCAGCACAUUCUGAAAGGAACCUGGUCAUGUGUGGACUGUGAGGGUGCUGUACUGCCAAGCGCAGAAUGUAAAGAGACUGCUGUACAUGCUGUGUUCUUCAGAGAUUCCGUUCUUGGAUUGUGCUGUGUAUGUUCGUUUGUAUUCAACCAACAUUCCAAUGUCCAGAUAUCAUCUGUAUUUCUUCAUUGGUUGGAACCAUUUCAUUUAUACACAGUCAGCCAACCUCGCUUCACUGCCCAGUGGUCAUCCCUCUCCCAUUCUCUGUCCAAUCUCUCGGCAUCAGCUGAACCUGUGCGGCAUCAUGGAGCUUACCUCACUCGCCAUGCUAGCAGUGGUCAUACUCUGGCUGUUGCUGUCAAUCAACGAUAUCCUACAGACACAAGGGUAUUGUUUGUAUCUGUCAUGGGAUCGACAGCCAUCAGUAUCAACAUGAAGGGAUGUGGAUGUCAGAAAGAUAUCGGGAAAGAGAAAGCAAGAUCCUAUUGGUUAGCGGAUUUAGCCUGGACUCCAAAUGAUUUAUUCCUAGCCUGUAUUACCAAGCAGGGUUGUUUGACGAUACUAUCGCGUCUUGGUGAAGCUGUUUUAAUUCAGAGCUCAGGUUGUUCCAUUGAGCAUGAACCUGCAUUCUUUCUACCAUUCCAUCCUCUUGUCACUUUCAUCCCAUCUGCCAAACACAGAAGUUCAUCAUUUACUGGUAAGACAAGGCAAGAAAAUCUGUCACCAACAAGCUCACUGAGAUCAGAAGCUGAUGAGAAACGACAGAGGUACUCUUUGGCUACACACCCAUCCUUGCCCCUUCUGAUGCUCUCUGAUGGUUACUUGGUCACUGUCAUAGAGCUGCCUAGUGAUUUGUCCUGUACUUGUGUGGUGCGAGACUUUCUUAGUGAAGGCAGGACAGCAGUUAAUCUGCUCCUUGAGAGACAAGGUUUGGAAGGCAAGCGAUUGAGGAGUUUGUCCUCAUUACAGCUUAAGAAGACUAUGAAUGGCAGUGAUGGUCUGGUAACACACUUGUCUCAAAGAGCUGUUGCUGUUUUGAGUAACACUGGACAACAGACUUCAACCCUGACAAGGGAUGGCUUGCUUAGCACAGCAGGCAGUGACUUCGCUGAUUAUGCUGGUCGCUUCAGUCAUGUGGAAGAAGGACAGUUUGUGUAUAGUGAUCCCAAUGAAAUGCAAGGAACUCGAGAAAUGUCACUGAUGGGAAGUGAUGGAGUAGCGGUGAUCGUUAGUAGGGCACAGAGGGCAUUGUUAAGUGCGUGGGGACUAGCUGUGUCUCAUACAGGAGAGUGGAGCUGUAAACUGGAAGACUUACUUCAAUAUACAGCUCAAACACUUGUCAAACUGUUCACUGUCAUGUUACAGACAAUCCGAUACAACUUCAACAGUAGGGAGCAGAGAUAUGUAUCAGUACUGUAUGAUAUCCUUAUUGUCUUUAAAGCUUCCACUUCUGUUCUGCACUGGGACAUAGCCAGGCAUCAUGGACUCACUGCUACCUAUAAGCUCAUCAGGGGUACUGUACGAGCCAUCUUGAAGCAUAGUGGGCACCAUAACUUGACCACUGCUCCUCGGUCUUGCGUCAGUAUUCUGCAGUACUGUGAGAAACUUUUGAGCAAUGUCUAUAGCUUGACAAAAGUUCAGCAACCAACGUAUGGAUUCCACCUGCAUCCUUACCAUCAAGCAGAUAUUGUAGAGGGCUCCCUCAUGUGUCAGGAGAGCUCCAGGAUUAGGGGAACUAUGGACAUAGAUCAUCAGGUGACAUUAGUGACCACGAGGCCAGAGCAACCAAGAGGAAGUCGUGAGUGGAGGGAGCAAAGAAGGGAAGUGGGACAUCCAGGCAUUGUAGUCAGACACUCACCUGCUAAAAGGUUGAUCCAAACAUGGAAGCUCCUUCAUGGACAUCUGGUUGGUAGAUACCAGAAACUUGUGCAGGACUCUUCCACUCACCACAGCAGGGGUGUACGGAGGGUACUGCUGCUGUUAUGUGGAGCACAGAUGAAACUAAAGCAGUUGGGCUGUGAUGUCUCUGUCUCCCUCAGUGAUGAAUGGAAAAGGCGAAUUGAUGCUGAUUUUCUUAAAGGAUGUCAGUAUUACCUACAGGGCUAUCCGGAGGAGGCUGUGACCUGCUGGCAUGAGAUAGUCUACCAGACUAAAGAGUUUCACAGUAAUGGUAGUGUGGAGUUGCCUAGCAACCACUACUUUCAGACAUCAAGUGAUUUGGCAUUGAAGCAACGACCCCUGUUUCCCACCUCUGGCUCUUCCACUCUUCUCUCUUACUCCCUCCUGGCAAUCCUCUAUACUCAUUUAGAGCAAUACAACCUUGUAGCUGCCUUGUGCCUUAUUGAUUCUCUGAUUGAGUGUUACGUAGUCAAGACUCAAGAACAUGGAUGGUGUCAGAAGAAGAUUGAGAGAAGAUUGAAUAGAUUGAUGAAGACCAAGGCAUCAUUUCUGGGCUUGGACCAAGAGGAUAGAGAGGAACACCCACAGCUUCCUUGUGUUCCAGAUCCAGUCCAGAGGGAGGUAGUUCAAACAUUGGCACGGUUUAUGUCCCUCUACUUUACCAAUCAUUGCCUUUUUGUCUAUCCACCUUGUGCCGCUAAACCAUUACCUCCGCUCCAUCUGCAACCAUUGGACACUGAGUCAAGUAGAACAUUACCAAUCUACCAUGAAAAAAUCUCCAGCAGUGUUCGACAGCAGCAACUUUCAGAGAUUUGGACAGCAGAUACCGCUGUGGCUUUGCUGCUAGUUUGUGGUCUCUUACCUGAAGCUGUAUGGUUAGCGCGAGAACUUGGUGAUUGGAAGAACGCCCUCAUGCUGUCAGUAAUGACCAACCAACAAAUGGAAUUGGAGAAAGCAUCCAAAAAGGAUGCAAGUUCAUUUCAGCCGCUGUGCCUUCCUGAGAAGCUCACCCCUCUGGUUAUUGUCAAGGAAGGCAUUAGUGUCAUCCUCCAGACACCUCUGACUCCUCCUUCUGCAGGGGGAGGAAGUUCAGUCAAGAGAAAUUCCUCAUUUAAUGAGAAAGAUCAGAGAGGCAGUCACUCGCUGACUGUUUCCAGUGGGAUGAGACGCAGUUCUUCCAUGUGCUCACUCAAUGAGGAAGAUCGAAUCAUGCAAGAACAACUCAGUCGUUCACUGACUGACAUGCUCACUGCUGCAACCAUUGCUGAUUUAGACCCUACACCAUGGUUGCUACACAACCUGAUGGAUCGCUGUCUCUCAUUGGUUGCGGGGUUCAACACUCUGGUUCCGGAAGAAUUCUACUUACCUGCUCCACCGUUCUAUUGUCCGCAGCCAGACUAUGAACCAAAGGAUUCUGAUCCAGAAGAAGUGUUAUAUGAGAGUAGUUUGAGACGUGAAGUCAAUGAUGUGAUUCAACUCAUCAUGCUGGUUCUUAACUCAGCCAAGUGUAGCUUGCCUUGUGCACGAUGGUAUGUCCAACAGUUGGACUUACUGUUAACUGUUGAUGCGAGAAGGAAGAAAAUUUGCCCAAUACCAAUCCCUAGUGUUUUGGUGGACCACGCCCGGUUCCCUGUGGAUCUUCUCAAGACUGGCAUUGAUUCUCUUAGUCUUCCUCCUUGCACUGUUGAGCUACUUCGAGUAUUCCGUGACUUAUGUUGUACUGUGUGGAUGUUACACUCGCGUGAUAAACUCACUCUAGCUGUACGGAAGUACCAGGCCAGUCGUGAGCGGUCACUGCAUGUUAAGCCCCAGAAUAAUGCAGAAGUUGCUAAACAUGGUGAACUCCUUGAAGACAUCUUGAUGUGGGCAGACAAUCUUCAUCCUUUCUCAUCCUUUCUGAAUCUUGAAGAGGAGGUCCAAGACAUCCUACUAACAGCUGUCUCAGAGCUUACUCCUACUAAGAAAACAGUAGCUAUCCUUGCCCGCCACUUCCAUGGUAAUAUGGAAAACCUUUCUCCACUCCUUCAAGAGAAAUUCCAGCGUCUAAUGGUGAAACUGAAACGAAAACGGGAAAAAUCUGAUCGAAAGGUGGUAAAGAUGUCUACCGAUGCUGGGAAGGAGAAUAAGCGAGUUGUCAGAUACGAGACGCUUCACAGUCAUUAUCGAUAUCAGUGCAAGCUGAGGAAUAUGACUGUGAGUAACAGGAAGGUGGAAAUAGGGAUGUGUGAGCUGCAGGUGUUUGAGGAGUUGUCUGAGAAAGAUCCUCCAAAGGAAGCAGAACAACAAGAUGUCAAAGGAGAUGUACGAGAAUUGGAAACAGGUGCUUCUGUGACAGUAAAGAAGAAUCUUGGCAGUGCAGAUGGCAAGAGAGAUAAAACAGCAACUGGUUCAAAGCAGGAAGGCACUCAGUAUCCAAUUGUUGGUUCAAGAGAGUUUGAAAGCACUCCGGGAUAUCUGGACUUCUUGGAGACAUUCUUCCUCGUGGCAUUUGGCAAGAUUGUUCAAGAUAAUGCCCCCUUUUCUAGCAAACCUAAGCUGCCACUGAUCAAAGCAUACUCUUCCGAGUUAAGACAAAAGGAAUUUGGGUCUGUUAUUAGAAGGAUGUCCGUUAACACCAAGCUUCCUACAGUGGAAUUAGAUUCCUCUACCUUGAUUAAGUCAUGGAUGGCAAGUAAGGACACCUUGACUGAUAACUUCAAAGAUGAGGCUAGAGAUGAAAAUCAGAGCAGGCACAUUAGGAGCAAGAGUAUGUUUCAUCACAAACCCGAUCACAUUGGAGAAAGUCCACAAUUGAUUUCACUCCAGAAACAUGGCAGUCGUAGCAGCCUGAACUCAGUCGAUCCAAAUAAAGAAAAGACCUCACCCUCUCAAAAAUACAAAGUAAAACCUCCUUCAUCCAAAGAGGGUGUCUUACAACCGUACUCCUCUGUGGUGUUGAAUCUUGGUGAGGCAAACAAAAGCAAAGCUGAGAUGUUGCAAUGGUUUGGAAGAUGGGCUGAGAGGCAAUUGGCUGUUUAUGCACAAACUCAGGAGCAUGGGGAUGAAUCUAAAGCAGUUUUGAGAGUCCGAUUACCGCAACAGCUGGUGUUGAAUAGCUUAUGGUUGAUCCAUCACCUGUAUUACUUGGACUUAUUUGAGGAACAAUCAGUUCCUGAUUCCUCUGUUACUGUUACGAUAGCACAGGGAGGGAGUGUUACCUUGCCUUUUGAACCACUUGUUCAAUCGGGCAAGGUACAACAGGCUCAUAUUGGAAACUUAAGAAAAGGACAGCGAAAGAAUGACAGAGACAAAGUAAAUGUCGCAGAGGAAGAACCUGGUGCUGAGAGAUUGAGAAAAUCUAAAACAAAGAGAGCAUCAAAGAAAAUGAUUACGAAGAUUGAUACAGAUACUGAUGAUGAUGAUGAUAGGAGGAAGUUGGAAAAAAAAGAACGGAUCAAAAAAAACAUCAAGGAGAAGAAGAUGAAGGAAAUUGGGAGUCCAAGUCUUGAUGAAGUAAAACAAGAGACGAUCAGUGCUAGGCCAAAAAAGAGGAGGCAGCUUCCAGAGGUGACUGAAGAACAUCGCAGAACAUCACCAAGACAUUUAUCAGCAAACAAGGAGCUUAUUACUCAGUUUUUAUUGAGAGCCCAAAGCCCUGACGUCUUCAAGGAAGCAAGACGGAAGACACAGCAAGCUGCAAGGAGAGUCAGGAGAAAUUCCACAGAACUGUCAGAUGCCAGUGACUCAUCAGUGAAUGUGACAACAUCACAGGCAAUCAAUGCACAAGAGGAAAUUGAUACUGAAUCAUCUGAAGACAGAAGGAAGAAAGCUAUGAGAGAUUUGAGUCAUUCUCCACAGUCUAUAAGAGACAACAGGGUGUCAACAAGAGGCAUCAUCACCAAUGAUGUGUUUUACUACACUGACAGCAAUUCUAGCAGUACAUUGGAUAUUAGUUCUCUAGAUGAAGUUGAAGAGCCAUCAAAUUGGCUGAUAGACACAAAGAAAGGAAUGCCAGACUCUCCCAAAGCAGAUGGUAGGAAAAAUGACACCUUGCCGCGUCAGCUCAAAAGCCUUGAUGAGAGCUCCAAGUCUUUGAAUCUGGACAUGAAGAAUGAAGACGUUAAGAGAAUUGUCCGGGAAGAAUUCAUGAGAAUGAUGGAGAAAAACAAGACAAACUCUGGGAGUCUUGCCAACAGGGAUUUGCAUACAAAUCUGGCUUCCUCAGACUUGUCACAGCCACUUGGAGUUAGAAGCAAAGUACAGCAGACUGAAUCGGAUUCAGUCCAGCCUGAACCUCACCUGCCAACCACUGAAGGAUCAUUGAAUAGAGAUAGUGCUGGAAGGUGUGGCACCACAACUCAGUUACCUGCUAACCAAGGUAUUGAUGCAGAGACUCAGGCACCAUCUCCACUGAUGCAAACAUGGCAUGGGGUUGUGAGUGUGCCUUCAUCUUUACACAAAGAGCAGACUUCUUCUGAUGUGUCACAAGACAGAAGGGGGAGAAAUUUGAAAAGCAUAGGGAUAGGAACUGAUGUACAUGUUGUGCAGUCAGAGCAGGACAUGGCUGGUUUAAACCAGUCUAAACCAGUACCGUCAGCAACUGAUGUACCAGUCAGAAACUUUGAUAGGAGUGACUUUAAGCCUGAUCAUCAUAGCACACCAAAUGAUGUAAGACAUCAGGACUUCAAGAAUACAUCAGCCAGAAGAAUUGCUGCAUCAGUGGGAGAUGAUGAAUCUGUGAUGUCUCGGCUGAGCUUGAAGGAUUUUGAGGGUAAUGUUGGUGAUUCCAUGCCAAAUGCCUACCUUUAUGGGAUGCAUUCUGGGCCAAGUGUGGAAAAUAGCAUCUCAAACAAUGUUCAUGCCACACAAUCAAACCAAGAACAUCGUAUUCCACCACCAAACUACACGUCAACACUGAAAUAUACCCUGCAGGUUCCACUGCUACUUACAGUACCCCCUGAGAAACUAGCGCAGGGAGCCUUGGGUAGUGCAGGGAUUAGAUACCCUCCCCCACCCCAGGGAAUUGGUGUGUCACAGAGUGUUGGACCUUCCCUGACAAGCACCCACAAGAGGGUACAUGAUAAUGCCCAACAGCAUCGAGGUAUUACGUACCAUCACCAACAGAUGAGUAACACAGCACCAUAUGCUGGCCAGUUUAACAAUAGAGGAGCAGCCCAGACUGUCAUGCCUAAAACUGCUCGAACAGGCCCUGGUGUAAACAGUAGCUUUAUCCCACCUUUAGUUCCCCCGACUUAUGAGAACCCUGUGAGGCACUUGAUAUCUAUGCUACACCCAGGCACUCAGCAACAACCACAGAACAGUGAUAGUAGUCUUCCACCUAUCCCGUUACUCCACAUGGAGCCAAGAUAUACAGCACCCAUCAUUCCCCCACCUAGGCACCCAUUGCCCCUCUUUCAACUUAAGACAGAUGCCAAAUCCAGCCAGUUUGUUCCUGUUGAGGAGCUGAAUGCCUUUGAGAAGAGGCAAAGACAAGAGAAAGAGAAGCAUCCAGCUGUGAGAGCUAGAGAGACGCGAGAACAGAUGGAGGGGAGAAGGGAGGAAAGAAGUGGUCCUGAGGUUCUUGCACCUAUCCCCCUUCUCCAUGCUGACCUGAAGAACGAUCUCACUAAUGCUACAAGACAAAGAAGACGUCAACAGCAAGACAAAAAACCAACAACUUCUCAUACUGAAUCAGGAGACACACCUGAUGCUGUACCUCAGAACUUGAGAGAUACUCCACGGCUACAAAAAGAUCAGCCUCACCCUAGUGAAAAACUACACAGCAAUAGACAGGAUACACAGCAGGAGAAUGAGGAAGGAAGAGUGGCUCCUGAUACUAAAGUAGACCAGGACAAGAAGAGAAAAGUUAUCUUUGUAGAAUCAACUAAGGAGGGUGAGACAUCGAAGGGUACUACAGAGAAACCAGGAAAGAGCUCCGAGGUUGAUGAGUCGGAUUCUGAUGAGGAAGAUGAAGAAGGGAAAGAUCAGACUAUGAGACGAGAAGAUUUAGGGACUGGCUAUGCGAUUAAGCCUGGAUCUUAUGAUGCCAUGCUGCUGGACAGAGAUGCUAGAUCAGUCCUACCGACAGCAGCUCAGGUUCACUAUGAUACCGUCCAAAAAUUACAGACUAAGCCAAAGUCUGGUAUUAGCACAGGAACCAAACAAACAAAGAAUGCUUCUACCUCAAUGGGAAAGGAUGACUUUCCUCAUUAUCCACCUACAGUUACUGAUGCUACUUCCCAGUACACAGCAGCAGCUACUGGUCUAUCUGAUACUGGUCAGAUACUGGCUCCAGAUAUCUUCUUCAAUCUUCGCUUUGGUUCCUCCACCUCUGAUAAGCAACCAGACAUACAGGAUAAGGCGAUUGGCAAGGAUUCGGCACAGACAACCAAGGGUCGCUCCUUUAUCAGUGUGGUUGAUAUCGAUCUCAGAGACAUACCUUCUCCAGAACCACUUCCUAAAGAUCGUCAGCAGUCUCCAUCCCUCCCUCCUGCUCAGGCUGCCCCUCCCCCAGAUGAGAAGACUCAAGAUAACUCAACCCCCCAUCCAACCAAUGCUGAGCUGCACUACAAUGCAUUGUUCCUUAAAGACGCUCACCCUAAGAAGACUCCUCCUAAAGUUCAGUUUGAGGAUGAGGCAGAGAUGACUGGAGGACCUGAUGCUGUAACUCUGAGGGUUCUUGAUAGAAAGACCAAAGAAACCUGUCUUCAAGUUGCUCAGAACAAGGCACGGAGUGAAUCAACACGGCAAUCCACUAAGGAGAGACUGAGUCAACGAUUAGCCCACAUGGAUCAGCAAUUAAAUGCCAUUGAAGAAUCAGCUGCCAAUAUUGAGCAAGAUUUUAGGAACACAAGCCUGAUGUUGCAUACAGUGGAGAACCUAGCUGAUGCCAUGGUGCCUAGUGACACCAGACCAAAGGCAGAUUACUCACUGAAAGGCUACCAGUUAUCAGACCACAGCGAGGUAGAUUGUCCUCAUGCACUAGAUGUUCAAGCACAUGAAGACAGUGCAAGAAGCCAGGACUCCAGACAGGCAGAAAAACAGCAUGGAGACGAUCAAAAUGUGGCUGGAAUGGUUUCCAUGGUUACAGAGGAAGAAGGGAAUGUAACAGGGAUUGAGAGGGGAGAUGACACUGCUUUAACUUUAGGUAUCUCAGGUAUCAGUGGUGUGAGUGACAUCAUUGCUGAGGUCAUUGCUGAAGGAGAUGAUAAUGACGUAAGAAAGAUGGGUGUCUCGACUCAACAACAAAAAGCAGCAAGAAAGAAAAUACAGAAGAGGAGAUUGACAGAACAGCCUGAAGUGCAAGACUACACAUGGCUCAGCAGUGACAAGAUCAGAGAACUUCUCAGUACACCACGGACACCAAGACAAGAUGAGGAUGUGGCUGAUAGAGGGCUGUCGAGGAAGAAACCAGCUGAGAGAAGCGAGAAAGAAAGAAAGGAACUGAGAGACUGGGCAUUGACACAACGAUCUAAGAACCUUGCUGAAUAUAAGAAACAACGAGAGCUGUUGAUUGAGAAGGAACAUAAGCCCUACCAACCUAAGGCUAGUGAGGCAGUGGCUCCUUCAUCAUGGAAGGAAAUCAGGAAACAAGAGGAGGAAAGAGACAGAAAGAAGAAAGAUAUGAUGGAAGCAAGUCACAGUGAGAGAGUGCAGUUAGCUAAGGCUCUCAUGGCAGAGAUGUUCAUUGAGAAACCACAUCUUCCAUCUGAGGAGGCUUCUCUAUCUGUCACUAAGAGGAAAGGCAAAUCAUCCAGGGAAACUGGAGCAUCAAGUAGGAUGGAUACCUCAGAGAUGACGUUAAGAUCUGAAAGACUGCCAAGCAGUCAGAUGCACAAGGGGACGUACUUGUUUAUUGACAGUGGGGCGUAUAAGGGAAGGUCUGAGGCUUGGAGGCAGGGAGCAAGUAAUGAAAGGGUGGAUUCAAGAAUUUCUAGAGGUGGAGAGCUUGGCUAUAGCCUGGAGAGGGAACAUGGAGAGUUGGAAGGUAGUUGGACUGUAAGAUUGCAAUCCGAGGAGCUUGGUUCAAGAGGUCCGAUUCCACGGAAGGAGAAAUUUGAUAGGCUUGGUCAAGGACUGAAAGACUCAGGUAAUCUGAUGAUGCUAGAUGGAAUUUCAGAAAUCAGUGGGGAAGACAGAGAUUUAAUGGAAUACGGAAGCAAGACUGAACCAGCAAAGGUCUAUAGACCUAAACCAUUUGAUCAGGUGGUCAGGGUUCAAAGGCCAGAGGUCACCAGGAAGCAGCGAGGGUCAACAAGGAGACAGAAGACUUACACUGAGAUGCUACAGGAGAUGAAGGGAGAGUCAGGUGGAAGGAAAGCUUCAUCACAAAGUCUUAAGGCAAAACAACGAUUGUAUGGCACUGAAAGAAUACCAGGUGCAUCUAAACCUGUAGACAACACUUCACCAAGAGUCUUAAAGACUUACAGUGAGAGGUUAGCUGAUAUGCAACAGAAGUCUGGGAACCGGACACGUCUAAGGCCAAGAACAGGACCGAAGAGAGUGCCAAGGAUUAAAACAGGUAUGUUGGGGGUGGAAGAGGGAACCUAG